GGCAGAUGCUUUGAGCCGGAAGAGCUCGUCUGGGGCAUUGAUAACUAAUUUGAGGGCAUUAAGAGCCCAACUGGAGGUAACCAGCGAUGGUGCCUUAUUGGCACGAUUUGAGGUGAGACCCACUUUACUUGAUGAGAUCAAGAAGGGUCAGGAAGCCGACGAAGAACUUAUGAAGGUCCGGGAACGCAUGCAAGCGGGGCCGGUGGAGGAUUUCAGGGAAAGAGAUGAUGGUCUCUUGUUAUUUCGUGACCGAGUGUGUGUACCGUCAGAUGAUGAGCUCCGAAAGUCCAUCUUAGAGGAGGCUCAUUCAUCGGCUUAUGCCAUGCACCCGGGGGGCACGAAAAUGUACCGUGAUUUGAAGGAAAGUUACUGGUGGUCUGGAAUGAAGAGGGAAAUAGCCGAGUACAUCAGUCGGUGCCUUACUUGUCAACAAGUUAAGGCAGAACAUCAGCACCCAGCAGGCUUAUUGCAACCACUUUCCAUUCCUGAAUGGAAGUGGGAACACGUGACUAUGGAUUUCGUGGUAGGUUUACCACGGACAAUCAGGAACUAUGAUGCAGUUUGGGUCGUUGUGGAUAGGCUCACAAAGAGUGCACACUUCUUGCCUAUCAACACUACCUACCCACUUGAGAGGUUAGCCAAAUUGUAUACGGAUGAGAUCGUGAGGCUGCAUGGGGUCCCAGUGACCAUUGUAUCCGAUAGGGACCCACGAUUCACAUCACGUUUUUGGCCGAAAUUUCAGGAGUCUAUGGGAACAAGGUUGAAGUUCAGUACUGCUUUCCACCCACAGACGGAUGGACAGUCUGAAAGAGUCAUACAAAUCUUGGAAGACAUGUUGAGGGCUUGUGCAUUGGAGUUCCAAGGAAGUUGGGACAACCACUUAGCACUUGUGGAGUUUGCUUAUAACAACAGUUAUCAGGCAAGCAUCGGCAUGCCUCCAUACGAGGCAUUGUAUGGGAGGAGGUGUCGUACACCGUUAUGCUGGGACGAGGUUGGCAUGGCCAAACUCGAGGGUACUGAGUUGGUUGAGGUCACCAAAUCAAAGGUGAAAUUGAUUCGAGAGAGACUCAAAGCGGCUCAGGAUAGGCAAAAGAGUUAUGCAGAUAAGCGUCGAAGAACCUUAGAGUUUAAGGUUGAUGACGAGGUAUUCUUGAAAGUUUCUCCUUGGAAAGGAAUCAUUCGAUUUCAAACCCGAGGGAAGCUUAACCCACGGUACAUAGGUCCAUUCAGAAUUAUAGAAAGGAUUGGGGCCGUUGCAUAUCGUCUACAGUUGACUCCUGAGUUAGAGAAGAUACAUACAGUGUUUCACGUAUCCAUGCUUAAGAAGUAUGUGCAUGAUCCCUCUCACGUAUUGGAGAAGCCACCUGUAGAGGUACGUGAGGAUUUGAACUACUCUGUUCAACCUAUCAAGGUCACCGAUAGAAAGGUGAAGAAACUAAGGAGCAAGGAAGUCCCAAUGGUUAAAGUCUUGUGGAAGAGCGAUCGGGUCGAAGAAGAGACAUGGGAAACAGAGGCUUUGAUGAGGAAGCAGUAUGCUUUCCUAUUCGAGUAGAGCUGUGAAUUUCGGGGACGAAAUUCCUGUUAAGGGGGGGUGAACUUGUGACACCGCACCCGAAUUUCCUUGGAAAUUUGAUUUGAAUAUUCAUAGCUUAUGUAUUGGAUUUCCGAUUCCCAAACAUUUUGUAAAACGAUCAAUGUUCUACGUAGUGCAUGGUUGAAUAUCGUACUGUUCAAACUCGUACAUUAGUGUCGGGUUUCGCAAAUACUUACUCGGGACUUAUUAAUAAAUAAAAAAAGCCCAACAUUACCUAAAUAGUGAAAGAAUGAUUAAAGGAGAAUACAAAUGUCUAUAACCCCAUCUUUGGCAUUAUUGAGCUAAAUAAUGGGAGUAGGAUUUUCCUUCUAAAAUAUCCAUCAAGUAAAUUAUUGGGAUGAGCCUACACAUAUUGGAGAUCAAUAAUGUGAUUUAGGAAGUUGACUUGUUCUAAAUAAAUUAGGAUGAGUGCAAAAAGACAUCUUUGACAAAGAUAAAACAAUAGGACCCAUCUUCCCAUUUUUGGAAGUAUUGGUAGAUAUUUUGGACCCCAAAUUUAAUGGGAUCAAUUGGGAACCACUCCACAUGAUAUUAGUACCUGCAAAACAAAUAAAAAUGGGUUAGAAGACCUACCUUGGCCGGCCAUAAUGGAGGGGAGCUGCACAUGACUUGAUAGGAAUCAAAGCUUGGGCCACCAUCCUUAUUUUCGCACAAAUUGGUGUGUUGUUUGUCUCCUCUCAUUAUAGAAGCUAUACUCGACCAAACAACGUGAAUAAUAUGUCCUUGGAUAGCCUUUGAAGUCUAUUAUCUCAAUUGAGUGGUCUUUAUUCGAGGAGAGAAGGCUUAUCUUACAAAAAUCGAGCUGGAACGAGCAGAGGUCUGUGAACUCGAGCUGUGAGAGUGCUGAGACUGUUUGGUCGAUAUCUCGAGUUUUACAAAUCCAAUUAAGGCGUGUGAGAUACCCACAGAAAGCUCUCAAGACGAGGAAUCCGUGAAGGUCUGGUUUGCAGGAAUCGGAGUUGUGGAAGGCUUUCAAAUCGUCCGAGAAAAACGCAACCUCGCAGGAGAGGAUUUAAUCUUCUAAAGAAUCGAGUUAGCCGGAAAACACCCGUUCUAGGGGCUGUUUUCGUAUCAACGAUUAAGGGUUGAACUAGCACUUUAAGGAGGCUGUUUAACACUCAUAUUUGAGCAAGGAAUCAGUCCCAAAUCCACCUUGACCAAAGAUUUGACCGUUGGACCAAGAAGGGAAAGUUUAAAGCUCAAUUGAGGUUGAGGCUAGAGCUUGCUUCCUGUGCUCGUUGCCCGAGUGAUUUCCCCGGAGAGAAGACUUGGUUCGUGCUUCCUCCAUUCAGUUUUAGAACAUUAAUAAACAUGCUCAUGGAUAUUUUACUUUAGAGCCUGCGUGCUCAUGUUUGCCCUGUGUGGCCCUUUGUUUUAAACAAUGUUUUCCGCUGCGUAUUGAAUUGCUUAUUAUGUAUGUUUAUGGAUGACUUAUGUGUGAAUGAUAUUCAUGACGCCUUGUAUAAUAUGAAUGUGUUGGACUGCGGUUGACUAUUCGUAUUGUACGGCGGGUUGUUGACGUGUCCGGGGAGGUCCGGGGCGUGACACCUCAUGGCAGAAAAAGAUCACUGGAUGGAUGAUUCUGAUGAAGAAGAGAAUAUGGCCUUGAUGGCAGUUGUUGAAGAAGAAGAGAAAGAGAAGGAUGCUGAUGAGAAAGGAAAGAUGAAGUCAACCUCUGCUGAGGAAAAGAAGGAGAAAGACAAAGCUGAGGAGAAGAAGAACCUGCCUACCCCAACCAAUGCUGAUGAAAUGACUGCCCUGACUGCUGAAAACAGAAAUGCUGACAAUGAAGUAAGUACCUCUAAUCCAUGUAUUCAUAACUACUCUAGAACAGAUAUGCAUGAUAAAUUUAAGGAGCUAGAGGUGAAUUACAAAAGGUUGUAUGAGGUAUAUAAUCAACUGCGUGAAAAACAGACAUGCUCAAACAUUAAGAUAAUCAAUUCAGAGAAAACAAUCACUAAGCUCACAACUGAGAAUAAGCGACUUAGUGCUAGUGAGAAAGAGCUGACAGAGAAGCUUAGAACAACUGAAAAAGAAAGAAUUAGACUUUUUGGUGUCAAUAACUUGCUGGUGGAAAGAAGGGGUGCCCUUUAUACUAAGAUCAAAGAACUUGAGGAUCUGUUAGCCAAAAGGGACCAAACAGAUCAGACUAUUUUUCUUAACCAGCCUAAGGACACUCGUUUCUAUAACGCCAAAGAAGGCUUGGGUCUGACCAAUCCUCAGAACCUGAAAAAGGUCAACUGUAGACAACACUAUGAUGUUAGAUACAUGAAAAUAGGAUUGACCAAACUCAUGGCCUUCACUGGUGCUGAAGAAACGAAUGCCCUUGAGGAUGAAAAGAGAAAGACAAAGGCUGGUGUUGAGGUUCCUUUUGACUACACAGAGUUAAACAAGAGCUACAAAACCAAAGCACUCCCUUUGACCCCAGCUGAAGAAAUCUUGACCUAUCCUCCUGAAAAGGAAGCUGAGAAAGACGGAGAGGAGGCUUCCACAUCUGAACCAAUUGAGAAACCAGCUUACAUUCCACCGUUGGUGAGAAAGUUUGCUGAGUUAAAAGAUUCUUUUGAAAAGGAAAAGCAGGUUUUAGAAAAAGAAAAGGAUGAACUUUUAAAAGAAAUAACCUCUUUGAAAACCGCCUCUCAGUCUAGCACAGCUUCUCAACCCUCUUCCCCUUCUUGUUCUGAAAACACUUCUGAAAAUUCAAGCGAUAGUUUUAAGACUUCUUCUUCUCACCCCAAGUCUCAUUCUCCGACAGGGAAUGAUGUGAAGAAGAGAGUCGAGAAGAAAGGAGAGUGGAUUGAAGACAAAAUAAGAAGGAAGAAGAGAGAAGAAGAGUCGAGAUUAAGAAAUAAGUGUCAGCGGUCGAGCGCCAUAUUUUAUGUUAAGAAUAAGUCUAGUUCUAGCAUUAGUGAGCCGUCUACUAGUUAUGCUAAGAGAGUGGCUCCUAAGUCUUCUAGUUCUAAGAUUUCUGUCUCGAAUCGUUGUACUAAAUGUGUUUCUCUGGAUUGUGUUAAAUUAAUGAAAUGUUGUUGUUAUAAGUCUGUUUCUUCUUGCAAAGCAAAUGAUCCUGUGAUUGUUAAGAAUGUUGUGAACAAGCCUAAGAUUGAUAGGGUGAAUGUUGAGAGUGAGGUCAAAUUGCCAUUUUUAAGGUAUCCUCUCAAGAUUCACUCAGUCAAACAUCUGAGAAGGCUAUCACGUGAACCAAUUUUGAAAGAUCACUUAUCUGAACAAUCACUUAGGACAAAUGAAAGUUCCCUCGCUCCAAAAAUCAUUCAAAUAAAACAAAAAUGGGUUCCUAAGGCUGAAGCAGAACGAUUAAAAAUGAAAAACUCUUCUCAACCAGCCAGCCUAGGAUCCCAAAUCAAAAAGAAGUUGAAACAUUUGCUCACUGUUGAUAAGGAAGGACCCAUCUGGCGAUGGGUACCUAAGCGAAACUAAUCUGUUUUGCAGGUCAGUCAUGUGUGGCAUCUUGAUUCGGGUUGCUCGUCACACAUGACUGGACAGAUUGAACUACUGAGCAACUAUUCUGAAAGGUUUAGAGGAAAUGUGAGGUUUGGGAACAAUGCUUCAUCGCCCAUACUCGGGAUAGGAGAUGUCAUUUGUGAGAGCGUCACUAUCAGAAAUGUGUCGUAUGUGCAGGGACUGAAGCACAACUUGCUUAGCAUCGGCCAAUUUUGUGAUAAUGGAAUGGAAGUGAGAUUCCAUGCUAGGCAAUGUUGUGUGAUGGAUAUGGGUGGG